ACAUUAUUGCCAUUGGUGACUCGUUGAACGCGCGGUAGGGUGAGAUCCAAUGUUCCUGUAGUUAGAAAAACUAAAGUAAAAGAAAUAUGGCUUCGGAACUCGAGCUAAAUGAUGCUCGGGUGGAGUUUAUUGCUGACUAUGUCAUCAAAACUCUCAAGAUUAAGCCCGACAAAUGGACCAAGAUGUACAGUUUGGAGGAGACGAAGCAAAUGUAUAUGGACUUCUUUGAAAAGCAAGAUAUGCCAUGUCUCAUAGUAACUGCAACUGCGGCAGGUGGACUCAACACCCAGUUUGAAUGGCCAAACAACCCUAAAGCUAAAGCUUGCUACUUUGUCAAGAAGGGAAGAGAAGCAAUUACAAAGGAUACAAAUUUUAGAAAUGCAUAUCUCUAUGGUGACAUGUCCUACCAGCCAUUGGACCAGCUUUCAGCUUUUGUUGAUGAAGUCUUGGUGCCACUUCUUUCCAAUGAUAGAAACCAUGAACAGUGGCCCCAUGUUGUCUCCAAAGAUGUCACAAGACAUGUCCACAACCUGAAGAGUAAUGUAUAUGUUGUGUCCGGUCAGGCCAAGGGAAAGACCCUCCUCCCCCUCCCUGUGGGGGCCGAGAAAGUGGAACAGGUUGAAGAUGACAAGGACACUCUUGACAGAGCACUUAUCCAUGCUAUUGAGUCUGUGAUCAUUGACUGGACACAUCAGAUCAGGGAUGUUCUGAAAAAGGACUCAGCCCAGCCCCUGCUGGAGGGACACAAUCCUACUCCCUUUGUGGAGAUCGAGUUCUGGAAGAACAAAGCCACCAACUUGGAAUGUAUUUAUGAACAGCUCAGGGAUCCCAAAGUUAGAAAGAUGGCAGAGAUCUUAGAGAGAACACAGAGCAGCUAUUUCCCAACAUUCAAGGACAUCUUUAGAGAUGUUGUGGCAGCUCUGACUGAGGCACAAGACAUCAACAUUUACCUGAAGCCCCUGCGUCAUCACUUUGAGGAUUAUGAGCAGGCAGAAUUUGAUGAGAGCAUCCCUAUGCUUGCCCCAAUGAUGCACACCGUCUGUUUGACCUGGGCCAACUCCGAAUAUUACAACACACCAGCUCGCAUCAUUGUUCUUCUGCAGGAAAUGUGCAACAUGAUCAUCAACAUGGCCAGAAACUUCCUUGAUCCAUCUGAGAUCUUCAAAGGAGAAAUCGAAGAGACUAUUGAGAAAGUCAGGAAGGCUUGCAACGUCCUUGAUGCCUACAAAAACACCUAUGAGGACCACAAAGAAAGACUAAAGAGCUACUUCCCAGAGGGAACAGAACCCAGACUGUGGGAGUUUGCCCCCAAACUGGUGUUUGCUCGCUUUGACAAGUUCAUGGAGCGAGUAAAGACAGUCAGAGAGCUGAUGGAGACUGCCCUGGAGUUUAUGAAACUAGAGAAAGUUGAGUUGGGAGGCAUCAAAGGAAAACUUCUGAGUCAACAGGUGGUUCAGCUGCAUGAAGAGUUUCAGGAACAAUAUGGAGUCUUCACCAACAAAUCCUAUGAUUGUCUGGACCCCAGCAGCAAUGAAUUUUUGGAUGACUAUCAGAUGUUUUUGGACAAGAUCGGGGACUUUGACAGAAGACUUGCCACUAUUAUCUGUCAGGGAUUUGAUGACUGCUCAGGACUAGAAUCUGUUUUCAAACUGUUGGACAUUAUGGGUUCCUUGCUUGAAAGAGAUCUGAUCAAGAAAGACUUUGAUGAGAAAUAUCCUCUCAUUGUAAAAUUGAUGGAUACAGAAUUAGACACAGCCAAAUUUAUUUAUGAUGAACAAAUGGCUCGCAAGAAAGAGACGGGCAAAGCAUCUCUUCACAAGAACAUGCCCAAAGUGUCUGGCAGUUUGAGAUGGGCUCAAGAACUCAGAGAAAGGAUUUCAGCCUCAAUGGGAAACUUCAAGGCAUUGGAACACAGGUGCAUGGAAGAAGAAGCAGCUAAGUUGGUUUUUGUCAAAUAUGAAGAAAUGUGUAACCUUCUAGGCCAGUGGGAUGAAGAAAUUUACAAGGAAUGGGAAGCCGGUGUAAGUGAAGCAUGUUCAUUCAACCUCAGUCAACCACUGGUUGUCCGAGACGAAGAAACCAAACUCAUCAAUGUGAACUUUGACCCACAACUGACGGCUGUCUUAAGGGAAGUCAAAUACCUGGAAACCCGUAACCAGGAAGAGAUUCCUCAGAGUGCGGCAGAAAUGUACAAAAAGAAUGACACACUGUGGAAGUACCUGACAAACUUAGAUCUCACCGUCCAUUUGUAUAACAAGGUCAGAAAUACAAUCCUAGAGGUCGAGUUCCCACUCAUUGAAGGUCAGCUACAGGACAUUGAUGUCCAGUUAGAGCAGGCUGAGAAAUCCCUGAACUGGGAGAGCCAAGGAGUGUGGGACUAUAUUGAAAAAACAAGAGACCAAGUGAUUGACCUUGAAAAGCGAGUUCAACAGGCCAAGGACAAUGUCGAGGAAAUUAAGAUGUUGAUGGCGACGUGGAGUAAACAUCCUCUGUUUGAGAGGAAGGAGGACAAACACGAUACUCUGCUGAAUCUGGACGACAGGAAAGAACGACUCUCCAAACGAUACGAAGAUAUCAAAAAUAUCGGCCAAAAAAUCCAUGCACUUUUACAAAAAAAUUUAGAGUUAUUCAAAGCAGAUGGAAACACAGACACGUGGAAGGCCUAUGUAGACUAUGUAGAUGAAAUGAUUGUAGAUGGAUUCUUUAACACAAUUCACUGCAGUCUUAAAUUCUUAUUAGACCAAACAGACAGUAAAAAUAAUCCCACACCAUUGUUUGAAGCUCAACUUGAGCUUCAGGUUCCAGAGAUGGUGUUCAUUCCUUCAUUAGAUUAUGGAGUGGCAGACGGAUUCUAUGAUUUAGUGGAUGGUCUAGUAGGUGACAUUUACAAACAAGCCUCUCUGAUUGGUCGAUUGGCUGCACAUAGCGGUCAAGAGCACUACCAGCCAGACGCCGAGGAUAUGGAGGAGUUAUCAGAAAUGAGACAGGAGCUGAUGGAGAGGAUACAGAACAUAAUGAACAAGGCGUGUGAGUACAGGAACACGUUUGAUAAUUACUCGUAUCUGUGGGUGGACGACAGGAACGAGUUCAUGAGGCAGUUCCUGCUGUAUAACCACGUCCUCACCACUGAGGAGAUCGAGGCUCACGCUGAGGACGGAGUCCCAGAAUGUCCUCCUACCCUUGACCAGUUCAAAGAACAGAUUAACACCUAUGAGAAAAUUUAUGAGGAUGCAGAAAAAGUGGAGCCUACCAUGAUCUUUGAGAACUGGUUCAGAGUAAACUCCAAACCAUUUAAACAGGCUUUACUAAACACCAUCAAACGCUGGAGUUUCAUGUUCAAACAGCAUCUGAUCGACCAUGUUACAAACAGUCUGAAGGAGCUGGCAGAAUUUAUAAAGACAACAGACGCCGGCCUGAUGAAGCCUGUAGAGGAGGGAGACUACAAUGGCCUGGUCGAGUGUAUGGGUUACUUGUUUGCCGUCAAGGACAGACAAGCCACCACAGAUGAAAUGUUUGAACCACUCAAACAGACCAUAGAACUGUUGAAGACAUAUGAACAAGAACUCCCAGAGGAGGUUCACCAACAACUUCAGGAAUUACCAGAGCAGUGGAACAAUACAAAGAAGAUAGCCAUCACAGUCAAGCAACAAGUUGCUCCAUUACAAGCAAAUGAAGUUGCUAACAUCAGAAGGAAGACAGCGUCCUUUGAUGUUUCUCAACACAAGUUCAGGGAGAAGUUCCGCUCCAUUCCUCCAUUCAGAUAUGACUGUGAUAAGCCAUAUGUACAUCUUGACAAGUACCAUGAAGAAAUUGCAGCCAUGGAGAAAGAAAUGGUAGAACUGAUGGACUCCGCAGGUCUUUUUGAGGUAAACAUUCCAGACUUCAAACAGCUCAAGCAGUGCAGAAAGGAGAUAAAACUGCUGAAGACACUGUGGGACUACAUCAUCAUGGUCCAGAGCAGCAUUGAUGACUGGAAGACCACCUUCUGGAAGGAGAUUAAUGUGGAGCAGAUGGACAUGGACUGUAAGAAGUUUGCUAAGGACAUCCGAGGCCUGGACAAGGAGAUGAGGGCCUGGGACUCCUAUCUGGGUCUGGAGAACACAGUCAAGAACAUGCUGACCUCCCUCAGGGCCGUCAGUGAGCUGCAGAACCCAGCCAUCAGGGACCGCCAUUGGCAGCAACUUAUGGUGGCCACAAAGGUGCGCUUUGUUAUGGAUGAGAACACCACCCUGGCUGAUCUGUUGUCUCUUAACCUGCACAACUUUGAGGAUGAUGUCCGAGGCAUUGUGGACAAGGCCGUCAAGGAAAUGAGCAUGGAGAAGGUUCUUAAAGAGUUGGAUACCACCUGGACCACCAUGGAGUUUGAACAUGAACCACAUCCCAGAACAAAGGUCACAAUGUUGAAGACAAGUGAAGAGUUGAUUGAAACUCUUGAGGACAACCAGGUCCAACUACAAAACAUGCUGUCCUCCAAGUACAUUGCCCAUUUCUUGCAAGAAGUUUCCACCUGGCAGAAGAAGCUGUCCACAGCUGACCAGGUCAUCACCAUCUGGAUGGAGGUGCAGAGGACAUGGUCUCAUUUGGAGAGUAUCUUUAUUGGAUCAGAAGAUAUCAGAAACCAGCUGCCAGAGGACUCCAAGAGAUUCGAUGGCAUUGACACUGAUUUCAAGGAACUUGUGUCGGAGAUCGAGAAGUACAAGAAUGUUGUGGAAGCUACAAACCAGCCAAACCUCUAUGAGCGCUUGGAAAGUUUGCAGGACAAUUUAACCUUGUGUGAAAAGGCUCUGGCUGAAUACUUGGAGACCAAACGUCUGGCCUUCCCAAGAUUUUACUUCGUGUCAUCUGCAGAUCUGCUUGACAUCUUGUCCAACGGCAACAACCCAACAGCAGUGUCCCGUCACUUGACUAAGCUGUUUGACAGCAUGGCCAAGCUGAAGUUCACACAGGAUGACAAGGGAAAUGACACCAAGAUUGCCACAGCUAUGUACAGUAAGGAUGGAGAAAUGGUGGAUCUGGACAAACCAUGUGACUUGGCUGGACAGGUAGAGCACUGGCUCAACAACCUGCUGGAUGCCAUGAGGAGUACAGUAAGGCACGAGAUGACAGAGGCUGUAGCUACGUAUGAAGAGAAGCCAAGAGACCAGUGGCUGUUUGACUUCCCCGCCCAGGUGGCGCUGUGUGGCACCCAGAUCUGGUGGACAACAGAAGUCAACAUUGCGUUUGGCAGACUUGAGGAGGGUUAUGAAAAUGCUCUGAAGGACUACAACAAGAAACAGAUUCAGCAGCUGAACAACCUGAUUACCCUCCUGCUUGGUAAACUGUCGUCUGGAGACCGACAGAAGAUCAUGACCAUCUGUACCAUUGAUGUGCACGCUCGAGACGUGGUGGCCAAAUUGAUCACCACCAAGGUAGACAACUCUCAGGCCUUUGCCUGGCUGUCCCAGCUCAGACACAGGUGGGACGACAAUGAGAAGGACUGCUUCGCCAACAUCUGUGAUGCUCAGUUCCGUUACUCACACGAGUACCUGGGUAACACACCACGUCUGGUCAUUACUCCUCUCACUGACAGAUGUUACAUUACACUGACACAGUCCCUCCACUUGAUCAUGAGUGGUGCACCAGCCGGCCCUGCUGGAACUGGUAAAACUGAGACCACCAAGGAUUUGGGACGUGCUCUGGGUAUCAUGGUGUACGUGUUCAAUUGCUCCGAGCAGAUGGACUACAAAUCCAUUGGUAACAUCUACAAGGGACUGGCCCAGUCCGGAGCCUGGGGGUGCUUUGACGAGUUUAACCGUAUUGCUGUAGAAGUGUUGUCUGUGGUGGCCGUGCAGGUCAAGUGUAUUCAGGAUGCCAUCAAGGAGAAGAAGAAGACAUUCAACUUCCUGGGAGAAACCAUCAAGCUGGUCCCCACUGUAGGUCUCUUCAUUACAAUGAACCCUGGUUAUGCUGGGCGUACUGAGCUGCCAGAAAACCUUAAGGCUCUCUUCAGACCUUGUGCUAUGGUGGUACCAGACUUUGAGCUGAUUUGUGAAAUCAUGUUGGUGGCUGAAGGCUUCUUGGAAGCCAGGCUGCUGGCCAGAAAGUUCAUCACCCUGUACAGUCUGUGUAAGGAACUGCUCUCCAAACAGGACCACUAUGAUUGGGGUCUGCGUGCCAUCAAGUCUGUGUUGGUGGUGGCCGGUGCCCUCAAGAGAGGUGACCCAGACCGUCCCGAGGACCAGGUAUUGAUGAGAGCUCUGAGAGAUUUCAACAUCCCCAAGAUUGUUAUUGACGACUUGCCCAUCUUCAUGGGUCUGAUCUCCGAUCUGUUCCCCGCCCUCAAUGUGCCCCGUAAGAGAGACCCAGAGCUGGAGAAACAAAUCAAACAAGCCACACUGGACCAGAAACUACAGCCAGAGGACAACUUCAUCCUUAAGAUUGUGCAGCUACAGGAGUUGUUGGAUGUACGUCACUCUGUCUUUGUCUUGGGAUUGGCUGGUGUCGGAAAGAGUAAAGUGUGGGGAACCCUGAACAGGACCUACAAAAACCAGGGAAAGAAGCCUUCUGCUGUAGAUCUUGAUCCCAAAGCUGUAACAAACAAUGAAUUGUUCGGUAUCAUCAAUCCAGCAACCAGAGAGUGGAAGGAUGGUCUGUUCUCUGUAAUUAUGCGUGACUUGGCUAACAUGUCUGGUGAUGGCCCUAAGUGGAUCGUACUGGACGGAGAUAUUGAUCCUAUGUGGAUUGAGUCUCUGAAUACUGUCAUGGACGACAACAAGGUGCUGACACUGGCCAGUAACGAGCGAAUCCCACUCACUCCAUCCAUGAGACUACUCUUUGAGAUCAGUCAUCUGAGGACGGCCACCCCAGCUACAGUGUCCAGGGCAGGAAUCCUGUUCAUCAACCCUCAGGAUCUGGGAUGGAUCCCAUACACCCAGAGUUGGAUUGACAAGCGUGAAGUCCAGUCAGAGAGAGCCAAUCUAACCAUCCUGUUUGACAAGUAUGUCCCAAUGUGUCUGGAGACAAUGCGAACUCGGUUCAAGAAGAUCACCCCCGUAGCAGACAACAGCCACAUCCAGAUGUUAUGUUACCUCCUGGAGUGUCUGCUGACCCCCGAAAACACACCCCCAGACUGCGCCAAGGAGCUGUAUGAGCUGUACUUUGUCUUUGCCAUUGUCUGGGCCUUUGGUGGAGUCACUUUCCAGGAUCAGCUGGUAGAUUACAGAGUGGAAUUCACCAAAUGGUGGACCACUGAGUUUAAGACAGUGAAGUUCCCUACCACUGGAACUGUGUUUGAUUACUACAUCGAUCCAGAAACCAAGAAGUUUGAGCCCUGGACUAAACUGGUGCCCAAAUUUGAACUGGACCCUGAGCUUCCUCUACAGGCUGCUUUGGUGCACACCUCUGAGACAACAAGAGUGAAGUAUUUCCUGGACAUGUUGAUUGACAAGCGUCGCCCAGUCAUGUUGGUGGGUAACGCUGGUACAGGAAAGACCGUACUCAUGGGAGACAAGAUGAAUGGUCUGUCUGAGGACUUCAUGGUGGCCAACAUCCCCUUCAACUUCUACACCACAUCCGAGAUGUUACAGAGAACUCUGGAGAAACCACUGGAGAAGAAAGCUGGUCGUAACUUUGGACCUCCUGGUACCAGACGUCUGAUCUACUUUGUGGAUGACAUGAACAUGCCAGAGGUUGACAAGUACUUCACUGUGCAGCCCCACACCUUGAUCAGACAACACAUUGAUCACAGCCAUUGGUAUGACAGAAACAAGCUGACUCUGAAGGAAAUCCACAACACACAAUACGUGGCCUGCAUGAACCCCACGGCUGGUAGCUUCACCAUCGACUCCAGAUUACAGCGUCACUUCUGUGUAUUCUCCAUUAACUUCCCCAACAAUGAGGCCCUGGCCACCAUUUACACCAGCAUUCUGCAGCAGCAUCUAGCCAUGAAUGGAUUUGCCCAGGCUGUGCAGAAAUUCUGCCCAACCCUCAUUGCAGGAGCCCUGGCUCUCCAGUCCAAGAUGGCAUCCACUUUCCUGCCCACUGCCAUCAAGUUCCACUACAUCUUCAACCUCCGAGAUAUGUCCAACAUUUUCCAGGGUCUGCUGUUUGCCCUGCCAGAGUGUGCCAAAACUCCAGUGGAGUUGACUAGACUGUGGUUACAUGAAGCGGAGAGAGUGUACAGAGACAAACUCACCGACGAAAAAGACAUGGAGACAUUUGAUAAGAUGGUCAAGGAUGUAUUCAAGAAGUCCUUUGAGGAUCUGGAUGAAGCAAUUGUCUUCAAGCGCCCACUGCUGUACUGCCACUUUGCCCAGGGAGUUGGCGAUCCCAAAUACAAUCCAGUGGAAGGAUGGCCAGAGUUAAACAAGAUCUUAGUGGAAGCACUAGACAAUUACAAUGAACUGAAUGCUGUCAUGAACUUAGUGCUGUUUGAGGACGCCAUGAUGCAUGUGUGCCGAAUCAACCGUAUCCUUGAAUCCCCACGAGGUAACGCUCUACUGAUCGGUGUGGGAGGUUCUGGUAAACAGAGCUUGUCCCGAUUGGCUGCUUCCAUCAGCAGCUUGGAGGUGUUCCAGAUCACCCUCAGGAAAGGUUACUCGAUCGCUGAUCUGAAAUUAGACAUUUCUCAGCUGUACAUUAAGACUGGUCUGAAAAAUAUGGGCAUGAUGUUUUUGAUGACUGAUGCCCAGGUGGCUGACGAGAAGUUCCUUGUUCUGAUUAACGAUUUACUGGCUUCUGGAGAAAUCCCAGAUCUCUUCCCAGAUGAUGAAAUUGAGAACAUCAUUAACGGAACUCGUAACGAGGUGAAAGGUCUGGGAAUGGAGGACAGCAGAGAGAACUGCUGGAGAUUUUUCAUUGACAAAGUCCGCAGGACGCUAAAGGUUGUUCUUUGCUUCUCCCCUGUUGGUUCCACCCUUCGUGUCAGAAGCAGAAAGUUCCCCGCUGUUACAAACUGUACCAGUAUUGACUGGUUCCAUGAGUGGCCAGAAGAUGCUUUGGUUUCUGUAUCUGGUCGCUUCUUAGAGGAGGUGGAGCUGCUGGCGCCUGAUAUGAGAGGCUCGAUUGCCACGUUCAUGUCCUUUGUCCACAAGUCUGUGAAUGAGAUGAGUAAAGCCUACCUAAGUAAUGAAAGGAGGUACAACUACACCACCCCCAAGAGUUUCCUGGAACAGAUCAAGCUUUACCAGAAUCUGCUGAACAAGAACAACACAGAUCUGCAGGCCAAGAUUGUCCGUCUGGAGAAUGGUCUGGAAAAACUCCGCAGCACUGCUACUCAGGUAGAUGAUUUGAAAUCCAAGCUGGCCUCACAAGAGGUGGAGCUGGCCCAGAAGAAUGAGGAUGCCAACAAACUGAUUGCCAUCGUCGGAGCUGAAACUGAGAAGGUGUCUAAAGAGAAAGCUAUAGCUGACGAAGAGGAGAAGAAAGUGGCCCAGAUUAACAUUGAAGUCACCAAGAAGCAGGUCGACUGCGAGAGAGAUCUGGCCAAGGCAGAGCCUGCCUUAGAGGCUGCCAAGGAAGCCUUGAACACAUUGAACAAGAACAACUUGACUGAGUUAAAGUCCUUUGGUUCCCCACCUCCCGCUGUAAUCAAUGUAGCGUCUGCUUGCAUGUGUCUACUGGCGCCCGGAGGAAAAGUCCCCAAAGACAAGAGCUGGAAGGCUGCCAAGAGCUCCAUCAUGGGAAAGGUUGAUUUGUUUUUGGACAAUCUCAUCAACUACGACAAAGACAACAUCCAUGAUAACUGUUUGAAGGCAGUGCAACCAUACCUGGAUGAUCCUGAGUUUGACCCCGACUUCAUCCGAGCUAAAUCAUUGGCCGCUGCCGGUCUCUGCUCCUGGGUCAUCAACAUUGUCAUCUACUAUAGGGUAUACUGUGAGGUAGAACCCAAGAGAAUUGCCCUUGCUCAGGCCAAUGCUGAACUUGCAGCUGCUCAGGAGAAACUGCGUGUUAUCACCAAUAAGAUUCAGAGUCUGGAAGCAGAUCUGGCAAAAUUGACAGCAGAGUUUGAAAAAGCCACCAAUGAGAAGCUUCGCUGUCAGCAGGAAGCUGAAAUGACGGCCAAGACUAUUGAACUUGCCAACAGACUGGUGGGUGGACUGGCCUCUGAGAAUGUCAGAUGGGCCGAUUCCAUUAAAGACUUCAGAGAGCAAGAAAAGACAUUGCCUGGUGACGUGUUGCUGAUCACAGCCUUUGUGUCUUAUGUGGGCUGCUUUACAAAACAAUACAGGUUGGACUUGAUGGAUAAGCACUGGUUGCCAUUUUUGAAGGGCAUGAAAGUCCCCAUCCCAGUGUCUGAAGGCUUGGACCCUCUGACUCUGUUAACAGAUGAUGCCCAGAUUGCCUCAUGGAAUAACGAAGGUUUGCCCAGUGACAGAAUGUCUACAGAAAAUGCCACCAUUCUGACAAACUGUGAGAGAUGGCCACUGAUGAUUGAUCCCCAGCUACAGGGUAUUAAAUGGAUUAAGACCAAGUAUGGAGCAGACCUUAAAAUUCUUCGUCUUGGACAGAAGGGAUAUUUAGAUGCUCUGGAGAGAGCUCUGUCCUCAGGAGAUGUUGUCUUGCUGGAGAACAUUGAAGAAUCUGUGGACCCUGUGCUUGACCCUCUUAUUGGACGUAACACAAUCAAGAAAGGUCGCGCCAUCAAGAUUGGUGACAAAGAGGUAGAGUAUCAUCCAGACUUCAAACUCAUUCUUCAGACAAAGCUGGCCAAUCCCCAUUACCAGCCUGAGAUGCAGGCUCAGACCACCCUGAUCAACUUCACUGUAACCAGGGAUGGAUUGGAGGAUCAGCUACUGGCUGCUGUGGUCAGAAAAGAGAGACCUGAUCUGGAGAAACUGAAGGCCGACCUCACAAGACAACAGAAUGAAUUCAAGAUCACUUUGAAGAAGCUUGAGGACAAUUUGUUGGCACGUCUGUCAUCUGCUGAGGGUAACUUCUUGGGAGACUAUGCCCUGGUAGAAAACCUAGAAACCACCAAGAGAACUGCUGCAGAAAUUGAAGUGAAGGCCAAAGAAGCCAAGAAGACAGAGGCUGAGAUUAAUUUAGCUCGUGAGAGCUACCGUCCUGCUGCUGCCAGAGCUUCCCUCCUCUACUUCAUCCUCAAUGACCUGCACAAGAUCCAUCCCAUGUACCAAUUCUCUCUCAAAGCAUUCAGCGUUGUAUUUGAGAAGGCCAUUGACCGUGCCGAGCCUGCAGAGGAAGUGAAGCAGAGAGUGGUGAACCUGAUCGACUGCAUCACAUACUCCGUGUUUACGUACACAGCUAGAGGACUGUUUGAGAGAGACAAGAUUAUCUUCACCUCCCAGAUGACCUUCCUCAUCCUGAUGGCCGCUAAUGACAUUAACCCUGUUGAGUUGGACUUCCUUCUGCGUUUCCCAGCCGUACCCAACGUAACCAGCCCUGUUGAUUUCCUGAGUAACAACAGCUGGGGAGGAAUCAAGGCCAUGGCUAACAUGGAAGAAUUCAGGAACUUGGACAGAGACAUUGAAGGUUCUGCCAAACGAUGGAAGAAGUUUGUAGAAAGUGAGUGUCCAGAAAAAGAGAAGUUCCCCCAGGAAUGGAAGAACAAAACUUCCCUUCAGAAGUUGUGUAUGAUGAGAGCUCUUAGACCUGACAGAAUGACCUAUGCUGUCACGAAUUAUGUAGAAGAAAAACUAGGAACCAAAUAUGUUGAGGGGCGUGCUGUGGAAUUUGCCAAGUCCUAUGAGGAAUCGGGACCUGCCACUCCCAUAUUCUUCAUCCUGUCCCCAGGAGUGGACCCCUUAAAGGAUGUGGAGGCAUUGGGUAGAACUCUUGGCUUCACAGAUGACAAGAGCAACUUCCACAACAUUUCACUGGGUCAAGGUCAAGAGGUCGUUGCUGAGGCUGCAAUGGAUCUUUCAGCCAAGGAAGGUCACUGGGUCGUCUUGCAGAAUGUCCACUUGGUGGCAAAAUGGCUGGCAACCUUAGAAAAGAAGUUGGAGCAGUACAGCACAGAGAGUCAUGAGGCCUACCGUGUCUACAUCAGUGCUGAACCAGCAGGCACACCAGAGUCCCACAUCAUCCCUCAGGGUAUCCUGGAAGCAGCCAUCAAAAUUACAAAUGAACCUCCAACUGGCAUGUUUGCCAACCUGCACAAGGCCCUGGAUAAUUUCAACCAGGAUACACUUGAGAUGUGUGCCAGAGAGACAGAAUUUAAAUCCAUUCUGUUUGCCAUCUGCUACUUCCAUGCUGUGGUCUGUGAAAGGAGGAAGUUCGGAGCUCAAGGUUGGAACCGUGUGUACCCCUACAACACUGGAGAUCUGAGAAUCAGUGCUAUGGUCCUGUAUAAUUACCUGGAGGCCAAUGCCAAGGUCCCCUGGGAGGAUCUGAGGUACCUGUUUGGAGAGAUUAUGUACGGUGGUCACAUCACAGACGACUGGGACAGGAGGCUCUGCAGGACCUACCUGGAAGUGUACCUUCACCCAGACAUGCUUGACGGUGAAUUGUACCUGGCUCCUGGUUUCCCUGUCCCUCCUAACUCUGACUACAAAGGCUACCACAACUUUAUUGAUGAGUGCCUGCCACCUGAGAGUCCCUACCUAUAUGGUCUCCACCCUAAUGCUGAAAUCGAGUUCCUGACCACCACGUCAGAGAACCUGUUUAAGACUGUGUUGGAAAUGCAGCCUAGAGAUUCUGGAGCAUCUGCAGGAGCUGGAGUCAGUAGAGAGGAAAAGAUCAAGGGCAUCUUGGAUGAAAUUGUGGAGAAAUUGCCAGAAGAAUUCAACAUGAUAGAGGUCAUGGCUAAAGUUCCACCAGAGGAUAGAACUCCAUACGUACUGGUGGCCUUCCAGGAAUGUGAGCGUAUGAACAUGCUGACCAGUGAGAUCAGAAGAUCACUGAAGGAACUGGACCUAGGAUUAAAGGGUGAAUUGACAAUCACAUCUGACAUGGAGGACCUUGGUAACGCCCUCUACAUGGACACCAUUCCUGAGAGCUGGAACAAGAAGGCCUAUCCUUCCCUGUUUGGAUUGACAGCUUGGUAUGCUGAUCUUCUACUGAGAGUAAAGGAACUUGAGACCUGGUCCUCUGACUUCCAGCUUCCUGCUGCUGUCUGGCUGGGAGGAUUCUUCAAUCCCCAGUCCUUCCUUACUGCCAUUAUGCAGCAGAUGGCCCGUAAGAAUGAGUGGCCAUUGGAUCGUAUGUGCCUGCAGUGUGACGUCACCAAGAAGUCCCGAGAGGACAUGGCAGGUCCGCCAAGAGAAGGCGCGUACGUCCAUGGUCUGUUCAUGGAGGGGGCCAGGUGGGACAUGCAGACUGGUAUGAUUGCUGAGGCUCGACUCAAGGAACUGGCACCACCCAUGCCGGUCAUCUUUAUUAGGGCCAUCCCAGUGGACAGACAGGACACCAGGAACAUUUACGAAUGUCCAGUCUACAAGACCAAGACCCGUGGUCCUACAUUUGUCUGGACCUUCAACCUCAAGAGCAAGGAGAAGCCCAGCAGAUGGAUCCUGGGAGGUGUGGCUCUUCUGCUACAGGUGUAAAACAAACUCUGAACUUAUCAGUCACUUUGUGACAGUAUUCUGUUACUUUACAGGACACAUCAAAAAUGAAUUUGUUAACAACAAAAUUUUUAUUCUUACUGUGUGUGAACAUUGCAUUAUUUAAAAGAAACCAGUGCUCAGUAUUUUGAUGAAUUAUUGAUAAUUUAUGUGAUAGACUGUUAACUUGGUGAUAUUUAAUAUCAACAUGCCGUCCAAAGUUAUACAUGUAUUUAAAGUAUUAAUUUAUGUUGAGUCAGAUUGAAUGAGAUUUAUUGAAAAUGUUUUUAUUUUAUAUAAUUUAAGUGAAUGUUUGUUGAAUAAAUUGAUCACAAAUAUA